AGGCAGCCUCGGCCCCGCGAGGCAGUUUCGCGCCGCGCCGGGGCGUCCGAGACAUUGUCAUAGGUGCAGCACGACCGCAUUCAUAGCUAGCCACAGCAAGUGAAGCGGUACCUCCGUGCGGUCGCCACAAGCUGAGAUCGAGGGACAACCGUCUGCCAGCCGACCGAACACAAACGCGAUGGCGGCCAUGAUGGACGACGACGAGCUGCAGCGCUUGUAUGCCUGGGUCGACGAGAUUCCUCUAUCACGGCCGAAGCGGAACAUUGCUAGAGAUUUUGCGGACGGCGUGUUGGCGGCCGAGGUCUGCCACCACUACUUCCCGCGAUUAGUGGAUCUCCACAACUACCCACCAGCAAAUAGUAUGAGACAGAAGCUGUAUAACUGGGACACGCUGAACGCUAGAGUAUUGCGGAAGCUAGAUGCGGCCCUACCAAGAGCGGACGUCGAGGCCGUAUGCCAGUGCGCGCCGGGAGCUGUCGAAAGGGUCCUAAAUACGCUCCAACUGAAAAUGGCCCGCUACCGCGCAAAUCAGCAACGGCGCAAGGAGGCGAAAGCCACCACGCAAGCGAACAACGAGGCCGUCGCGCCGCCGCCCGCGAAAGCCAAGGCGUCGCUCCAGGCGGACGUCGACCAGGAGCUCCUCGUCGAGAAGGAGCAGGAGAUCCACGAUUUGAGGGAGACGGUCGACAUCCUCGAGCAGAAGAUCGCCAAGCUCGAACAAUUGGUGAGGCUGAAGGACGCGAAGAUCCAGAAGCUCAAGGACGCGGCGGCGGGCCGGCGGUGAUAGCGCUCGCCCUGUCUACAGUUUUCUCUCUCUCU